AUGGUCCUUGAUCCACUCUCCGCCAUCGGCCUGGCCGCAAAUAUCGUGCAAUUCAUCGAUUUCAGCCGGCGGCUCAUUUCAGAUGCGAAGGAGAUAUAUCAUUCUACAAACGGAGUAACAACAGAAAAUGUUGAGCUCCAGGACGUCGCCGAGAGCCUCUCACGUCUCAGCUCAACGCUGUUGAAUCCUCUGGAUCAGUCACAGGCAGCUGUUUCCCAGACCGAGGCGGAGAUUGUCAAGAUCGCGGCCGCUUCACGUGUUGUUGGAGAUGAGCUCCUAGCAGCCAUCCAAAGCCUCACCGCCGGUGACGGCUCGCACAAGAAAUGGCGAAGCUUUCUCCAGGCCCUCAAGACGCUUUGGAAAAAGGACAAGAUUGCCAAACUAAGAAAGCGGCUCGAGGAUGCGCGCAGCAACUUGUCCGUUCAUGUACUCUCAUACAUAAGUGUGCGUCAAGGACAGGCUCUUCAAUCUUUGGAAGAUGCUCGAGCGCAAUAUCUCGAGAUCGACUCAAUGAGCCUACAGAGACUUGAUCCCAUACUUGAAUCGCUCCGCAACCUCGUACAAAGUACGCAGGACAUCACAGGCGAGCAUUUGACUCGUAUUGAUCAAAGGCUGCGCAGCUCGGAUCACGAAGCAGAAAGUUUGCGGAAGGGAACGACCAUCUUGAAAAGUCUGAUAUUCGAGCGGAUGGCUGCGAGGUAUUCUGCCAUUGCUGAAGCGCACAAGGAUACAUUCAAAUGGAUCUUUGAGCCUUCUCGGUGGGCGUCUUCCGAUCCACGUUCCGGCAUAAGAUUCCAAGAAUGGUUAACCCAUGGUGAAGGUAUCUACUGGGUCUCAGGCAAACCCGGUAGUGGCAAGAGCACUUUGAUGAAGUAUCUUUACAAUUGCUCGGAGACGCUGCAACGCCUUGAAGCCUGGGCUGAUGGCAGUCGUCUUGUUACCGCCGGAUUCUUCUUCUGGAUCUCCGGGAGCGACAUGCAAAAGUCUCAACUCGGUCUACUUCGACAGGUUUUGUUCGACAUACUCAAAACGUUUCCCGAAUGGAUCCCCAUCAUCUGUCUAGAAAGAUGGGCAACAUCUCGACAUGGGUUUCAAGCCGAAUGGACCAUGCUAGAGCUCAACGAAGCUUUCAGGAGACUGAGCCGCCUGACCACACGCUAUGGAAACCCUUCAAAACUCUGCAUUUUCGUUGACGGUCUAGACGAAUAUGACGGCGAUCCAUUGGAUAUCAUAAAAACAAUAAAGAACAUCGCUCGAAUCGACAAUGUCAAAGUUUGUGUUUCUAGCAGGCCGUGGAACUGCUUUGAAGAUGUCUUUGGCCAGGAUCCUCGAAACAAAUUAUACCUACAAGACCUUACAAAAAACGACAUCGCCCUCUACGCGAGAGAAAAGCUGGACGAAGUAGCAAACUUUUCAAUGAUGACAACAGAAGUCGCCCAGAUCAAGAGGCUGAUAUCGGAAAUUGUGUCGCGCGCCCAAGGAGUUUUCCUCUGGGUCUACCUCGUCACACGAUCUCUCAAGGACGGCCUUAUCAACGGCGAUUCUCUGGCUCUGCUGUACGAGAGGGUGUUGGAGAUGCCGAGUGACCUUGAGGAAUUUUUCGAGAAAUGA